AUGAGUGCGCGGCGUCGAAAGAAGGAUGAAAAGCCCCCGCCUGCAACUGGGCCAGGAAGUAAAAUCAUAUCACUUCCGGAUCCUGUGAAAAAACACCUGAAGAAAAUUGGAGACACAAAGAAAAUUCAUCUCAAAUUCGGAACUGGGAAUUGGAAAUCUCUCCCUAUUGAAGUUUAUAGUAACGAAGAACUCUUCGAACUUUCCGUUAAAUUUAGUGCUGAAAACAACCGCCUAAAGCGUCUACCUAAAACUAUCGCAGCUUUAGAAAAUCUGGAAUAUAUUAAUGUUCAAAACAAUUCAUUGUCGGCAUUUCCAGGAUCUGUGUCGCGUAUGAAAAAACUUGUAACUUUAAAUGUUGAAAAUAAUAGUAUCAAAAAACUACCUCCAGCAAUUCACAAAGCUACGGGACUAACCACACUGCUAGCCCGCAAUAACAGGAUAAGGGGAUUGCCAAAGAAUAUCGGAAAAUCAUCAUCGCUGACCUUUGUAGAUGUCUCUGGUAACUUGAUAAAAUCUUUCAAAAAGGGUGUUUACGAAAUGACGGGGGAGUUAGAUCUAUCUGACAAUCGUCUGACAGAAAUGCCAACGGCUGCUGUCAAGAAACCAAAUAUCCAACGUCUAAAUUUGGCGCGUAAUGGGAUCACAUACAUGCCAGAUAAUAUCGAUAAGCUACAACGUCUCGUGUGGCUAGACCUAUCCCACAAUUCCCUGUCAGAACUACCCGCCCAGAUCGGAGGUGUGAAGUACCUACAUUAUUUAGAUCUCAGUCACAACAAUCUGAAAGCUCUCCCGGAAGAAAUAUGUAACCUGGGAUACGCGUUGGAUACACUGAAUAUUUCUAAUAACGAGAUUCCCGUGCUACCUGAUGACAUAAAUCGUUUACAGAAGUUACGAGUGCUAGACGUGUCACACAACCAGGUGGAAUAUGUACCAGAAGGGAUCCGCGAGAUUCAUUCCCUGCAGACUGUCAACAUCUCACACAACAGACUCAACUCCAUGAAGUUCGCAGUAUACCUGAAGACGCUGGAACAUUUGCACCUGUCCAAUAAUCAGAUCGAGGUUGUACCAGAGGUACUGGACAACAUGAAGUGCCUCGUUACCUUGGACGUGUCCAACAACAAGAUAAAAGAACUCCCUCCCUCUGUAGGUUACAUCAAGACCAUCAAGUCUCUUAAUGUUGGCGGUAAUAAACUGUCCGUAUUACCGGACAGUAUUGGUCAAGACCAGGUUCUCACGUUGCUGGAUAUAAGUCAUAAUCGUAUAGCCGCCUUACCCACAGAUCUGCGCAAACUCAGGAACCUCGAGACGUUUAUCAUAAGCAAUAACGAAAUCGCCGCCAUGCCGAAGUCAAUCGACUUCUUGUACCAGCUCCGGACAUUGGACGCAGCUUGCAAUGGACUCACUGAGCUCAUCCUCCCCAAAACGCUGACCUGUCUCGACCUUUCGGACAAUCCAAUGAUGGUCAAUCCAAGUGACCACAAAUCCACCAUGGUUGUUAUGGGAGACAAAGACCAUCUUAGGAACUUGACGUCUCUAGCGUUGUGUAAACUGGCAUUGGAUGAAAUUCCUCCCAGUGUCUUCAACCUUCGGUGCUUAAAAAGUUUAAACCUUUCCAACAAUUCGCUCAAGGGUCUGAGUGAUAACAUUUGUAAACUCAAGGCUUUGGAAUGUUUGGAAGUCACGAACAACGAACUGGCCUCCCUGCCUGCAAAUAUCGGGGUCUUGAAGAAACUAGAGAAGCUUCAGGUCAACAAUAACGCGAUCGAGAAGUUCCCGCCAAGUCUGGUUAAACUUAUUUCUCUCUGUCAUCUGGAUAUGUCAUACAACAAAAUGAGCCUCCUUCCGGAUAAUUUCGGAGAUCUUAACAAGCUCACCCAAAUGGACUUGUCAAACAAUGAGCUUUUGACAUUUCCUAUUGACCGGAUUGAUGUGCUAGCCUCUUUACUCGAACUCAACAUCUCUAAAAAUCACAUCAAUGUUAUCCCGAUGGACUUUCCAUAUCUUUAUCGACUGAGAGUUCUUCAAGCAAGCAGCAAUGACAUCAAAGGUAUUCCGAACGAUGUUGACAAAAUGAAAUCUCUCGAGGUUCUUGAUUUAUCAGACAAUAUCAUAGAAAGUCUGCCGGAGAGGAUUUGUAAGCUUGCGGCCUUGAAGGAACUAGAUGUCACAGAUAACAAAAUCAUGACAGUCUGGCCUAAAGCCUGGGCAAAUCUGACGUCAAAAAUUGUGGUGAGAGCAUCUGAACAGUCGGCGUACAAGUCUCGUGAGGCACGAGAACGGCCGACAGACAAGGUUGCAGAGACUCAAAUGAGUCCGAAAGCCGGGAAGAAGGGAAUGAAGGGAAAGAAAUCGGUGGCACCGAUUGGCACUCCGCCAACAAAACCCAGGUCGAUGAAAUCUGCUCCUCCUAAAGCGUCGUGA